AGGUUAAAUAAGUAAAUGGACCUUGCCCUCAGCGAGCGCGGAGAACAUGCCAAAACUAUCGAGUGGAAGCGGCGACUACAACAUUUACGCGCCAACGCUUCGCGGGAAAACAUUGCUAGCGGAAACAUGUCUAAUUUGAAAGUUUUGCGCGGGAGUUUAACGCGGCAAAUUCUUAACUCGUUCGCUUGUGCCAAACAUGGGAAAAAAUCUAACAGAGCGAUUGUGUCAUACAGCCGUCUUUUGAGUAGAAGUUUAGCUACCCAAACAGCAACUGCAGUAGACAGUAAACAUUUGAACUCGCCAUGGGGUGAAAUUCAAGUCGGAAAGGAGACUUUAACGGAUUUUGUGUUCUCUGAUGUCGAAUCCUGGGCUGAUGCACCGGCUGUGACAUGCGGUGCAUCGGGGCGGUCCUACGACUAUGGCAUGACGCGAAUGAUGAUAGAGAGAUGUGCAUGUGCGCUCGCUGGGCCUCUGAAGCUGGCCCAUGGCGAGAGACUCGGCCUCAUCUUACCCAACAUUCCGGAAUUCGUCGUGUUGAUCCAUGGAGCGAUGAGGGCUGGACUCGUUGUAACGUUUGCGAACCCUCUGUAUACAGCAGAUGAGAUAAGACGUCAGUUUUCUGAUUGCAAUGUAAAGGCCAUCGCUACAAUCGAGAUGUUUAUGCCAGUCGCCCAGGAGGUCGGUAAGACCCUGAAAGAUUACAAAGGGACUAUUUGGGUUGGAGGCGACGAUGAUAAAUCAAAAGGAAUAUACGGCCUGAAAUCAUUGCUGAUGGCUGACCACGAGGCAGAUUUGCCAAAGGUGGAUUGCGACGAAGUCUGUCUAAUCCCAUACUCAAGUGGCACGACCGGCAUGCCUAAAGGUGUCAUGCUGACACACAAGAACCUUGUGUCUAACUUGAAACAAACUCAGUGCCCCAAGAUGAUGAAAUAUGGUGGAGAAAAAGGUAAAGGAGACGUGCUCCUGACUGUUCCACCGUUCUUCCAUAUUUAUGGCUUCAAUGGUAUCCUGAACUACAACUUAAAACUCGGCUACCACAUUGUUACAAUGCCCAGAUUCACUCCAGACGACUACAUCAAAUGUCUUGUGGAGUACCAGCCGACUACCUUGUUCGUCGUACCAUCUCUCUUGGCUUUCUUGGCGACACAUCCCUUGGUGAAGAAGGAACACUUGCAAUGGGUCGAGACCAUCAUGGUGGGCGCAGCACCUACCACCGACAGCAUGCUUGAGAAGUUCUUGCUGAAAUGUGAGAAGACCAAGGAUCAGAUUAAAUUGUUACAAGGUUACGGUAUGACUGAGAGCUCCCCUGUUACCCUGAUGACGCCAUACGAGUAUCCAUACAGCAAAGUGGGCUCUGUGGGUCAGCUGGUCCCAAGCACUCAAGCUCGAGUCGUGUCUAUCACCACAGGCGAGAUGCUAGGGCCUCAUAAAUCUGGAGAGCUGUGGCUGAGAGGACCGCAAGUUAUGAAAGGAUACUGGAACAACGAAGCGGCGACGAAGGAGACAGUGGACAGCGACGGCUGGCUACACACGGGCGACGUGGCCUACUACGACGACGAGUUCUAUUUCUACAUAGUGGACCGCACGAAAGAACUCAUUAAGGUUAAGGGCAAUCAGGUAUCACCAACAGAAAUCGAGAAUAUUAUCAUGGAGCGUCCUGAAGUAGCAGACGUAGCAGUAGUAGGCGUGCCAGACCCCUUGGCCGGGGAGGUACCCAGAGCGUUCGUCGUACUCAAGCCUAAACAAAAACUCACUGACAAAGAUGUGUGCGACUUAGUCGCGCAGAAACUCACGAGAUAUAAGCACCUUGACGGUGGCGUGGUAUUUUUAGACGCUAUCCCAAGGAAUGCAGCUGGCAAAAUAAUGAGGAAUGAACUCAAAGUUCUUGGUCACAAGAAACAACGUUAAACAAGUUGCCAUCUUAUAGUAUUAUGUACUAGUAUUUUGUAAAUUAGUUGGAUUAAGUGAGAUAAUUAUAUUUUGUAGAUGUAUAGGACUGAAUUAUGUAAUUUUAAUUAGACUUAUUUUAAGAUUUAUUCCAGACACCAUUGUACACAAUAUGUAAAUAGAUAUUUGUUUAAUAAAAUUAAAGAUUAUUUUUUAA